AUGGAUAAAUUAGUCUCUUAUACCAUUAAAACAGUACACAAAGCGUACCGAGAAAAAAUGUUGACACCUACAAGUUUUAUAGAUUUAUCACUACAAAAAGCCAAACAAACAAAUGAACUGAAUGCUUUUGUGACUCUAACAGAAGAUGAAGCAGAAAACCAUGCCAUUGAGAGUGAAAAGAGGUUUUAUAUUGAUAAGAAUACAAAAAGUUUGGAUGGCAUUUCUAUAGGAAUAAAGGAUAAUUUUUGUACAAGCAGUAUUGUGACCACUUGCGCUUCAGACAUGCUUAAAAACUUUGUACCUACAUAUGAUGCAACAGUAUAUUCAAGGUUGCGAAAUGCUGGCGCAUGCUUAAUUGGCAAAUGCAAUUUAGAUGAGUUUGCUAUGGGGUCUGGCACUGUUGAUUCUCUUUUCGGACCUACUCGUAAUCCUUGGGGAUAUACAAAGGACAGAUGGAGGAUUGCAGGUGGAAGUUCAGGCGGUAGUGCUGUAGCUGUUACCUCUGGAGCUUGUGUAGCAGCCAUCGGUUCAGAUACUGGCGGUUCUACUCGAAAUCCUGCAGCACUAUGUGGAGUCGUAGGCUUAAAACCAACUUAUGGUCUUGUAUCCCGAUAUGGCUUAAUACCACUAGUUAAUUCCAUGGAUGUGCCUGGUAUCUUAGCAAGAACAGUUGAAGAUGCAAUUACAAUAUUAAACACAAUUGCAGGCCCUGAUGUAUUAGAUUCCACUACUUUUAAAGAGCCUUUUAAUCCAAUAGAGUUAGGAGAUAUUGAUUUAGGUCGAGUUAGAAUUGGAAUUCCAAAAGAAUAUCACUGUCAAGGUAUGAGUAAGGAAAUAAUAGAAACAUGGAGUUAUGUGAUAGAUUUACUUGAAAAGGAAAAAGUCAAAAUGAAGUCGGUUUCAUUGCCCAAUACAUCUGUUUCUAUAGCUGUUUAUUCAAUUUUGAACCAAUGUGAAGUUGCAAGUAACAUGGCUAGAUAUGAUGGUGUAGAAUUUGGUCUAAGAACCAAAGAGGACUCUUCAACUGAAGAACUGUAUGCAUCCACAAGGCUCAAAGGUUUCAACAAUGUCGUCCGUUCAAGAAUUUUAGCGGGCAAUUACUUUUUAUUAACGAAGAACUAUCAGAACUACUACAUAAAAGCUUUGCAACUUCGCAGACUGAUACAUGACGAUUUUAAAAAUGUUUUCAAUGGUGAAAAUGCUGUUGAUCUUCUCCUAACUCCAACAACAUUAUCUGAUGCACCAUUAUUUGAGGAGUUUACUUCAAAAAAUAACAGAGACCAGUGUGCAUAUCAAGAUUAUUGCACACAACCGGCUAAUAUGGCUGGAAUACCAGCUGUUUCAAUUCCUAUAUGUUUGUCUAAGAACAAUCUUCCAUUGUCGUUACAGUUGAUGGGUCCUCGUCUCUCUGAAGCGUUGAUGAUGAAUGUAGCUAAGCACAUUGAAAGUAUUGUGAAGUUCCCAGCUUUAAAUUAUCCAUAA